CCAAUCUAAUAUUGGCGGUACAAACCACAAGGACAAUUGUAACUUGAGUGGAAAAACAAGAACAGCAAUACUAUCAGCAUUCGCUUUCUUCAUAUCACUAUAUCAGUUUGGCCCUUAAUACCAAGUCACACUACACUUGCUGAUAAUACCACCACCGAAAAUUCUGUUUUGCGUUUACAUGUUCUCUUCAUAAACAAAGUGUAAUAAAUCAUAAUCAGAAACACUUUUGAUUUUUUUAGAUCAAAUAAUUGUUCGUAUCUGACUUGGCUUCAGGCUGUAAUCAAACUCUAUCGUUCAUUACUCUAUAAUGCUGGGUUAAAGUUGUCUAACUGAAAACAAAAAAGGAAAUCAUGUCACCUCGAGAGUGUGUUGCCACGAAUGGCUACACUAAUGGAAAUUCGACUGGAAAUAUUUUCGACGUUCUCGAACGUACGAUGCGUGAACGUGUCAUGGUUUGCGAUGGUGCUAUGGGAACUAUGAUUCAAAAACACAUCUUGGAAGAAAAUGAUUUCAGAGGCACGCAGUUUGCCAAGCACGAAAAACCCCUGAAAGGGAAUAACGAUAUUCUGACAAUGACUCGACCUGACAUCAUUUAUGAUAUCCAUCGUCAAUACUUCGAAGCAGGUGCUGACAUGGUGUCAACAAAUACCUUCAGCGGCACUUGGGUUGCUCAGGCUGAUUAUGGACUGGAACACGUGGUUUAUGACAUGAAUAGAGCCGCUGCAGAGUUAGCAUGCAAAGCGAAAAAUGACAUAACAGCAAUUGAUGGGCAACCAAGAUUUGUUUGUGGCGCUUUGGGACCCACUAACAGAACGCUAUCAAUUUCACCCUCGGUUGAGAAGCCCGAGCUCAGAAACAUUACCUUUGAUGAGUUAGUCGACGCCUAUGGAGAACAAGCGAGAGGUUUAUUAGACGGAGGGGCGGAUAUUUUGAUGGUCGAGACAAUUUUUGACACUGCAAAUGCAAGAGCAGCUUUGUAUGCAAUUCAGAAUCUCUUUUUCGAAGAGUACGAACCGGUUCCAAUCUUCAUAAGCGGAACUAUUGUCGACAGGAGUGGCAGGACGCUUUCCGGUCAAACUGGAGAAGCUUUUCUGAUCAGUGUUGUACAUUCUAAUCCAAUGUGUGUUGGUCUAAAUUGCGCUUUGGGAGCUACUGAAAUGAGACCUUUUAUUGAAGCUAUCGGCAAAAAUACAUCAAAGUUUGUGAUCUGUUAUCCAAAUGCUGGUCUACCAAACGCAAUGGGAGGGUAUGAUGAAACGCCGGAAAUAUUCGCGAAGCAUGCUUAUUCAUUUGCUAAAGAUGGUUUGGUGAACAUCAUUGGAGGUUGUUGUGGAUCAACGCCGGAUCAUAUCAGAGCGGUCGUAGAAGCGGUACGCCCUAUCAAACCUCGAGUUCCACCGCCUCCUAGAACCGAUUCUAACAUGCUGUUGUCGGGCUUAGAGCCGAGAGCAAUCGGACCGGAAAGUAUGUUUGUGAACAUUGGCGAAAGGUGUAACGUUGCGGGUUCAAGAAAGUUUGCAAAAUUGAUAGUCGAUGAUAAUUACGAGGAAGCACUAACGAUAGCAAAAGUUCAAGUGGAGAACGGAGCCCAAGUAUUAGAUAUAAACAUGGACGAAGGAAUGUUGGAUGGAAUUGCUGCAAUGCAGAAGUUCUGCAACCUGAUCGCUUCAGAACCGGAGAUAUCAAAAGUGCCUCUUUGUAUUGACUCAUCGAAAUUCGAAGUGGUGGAAGCAGGUUUGAAAUGUACACAAGGUAAAUGUAUUGUAAAUAGUAUUUCUUUGAAAGUCGGCGAGGAAUUGUUUGUGAAACAGGCGAGAAUCAUCAAGAACCACGGGGCCGCUGUUGUCGUCAUGGCUUUCGACGAAGACGGUCAAGCGGCCGAUCGAGACAGAAAAGUUGAAAUAUGUGCUCGAUCAUACAAAAUCCUAACGGAGAGACUGGGAUUCGAUCCUCGAGACAUAAUUUUUGAUCCGAAUAUUCUCACAAUAGCGACUGGGAUGGAAGAACAUAAUAACUACGCUGUCGAUUUUAUCGAGGCUUGUCAGAUUAUCAAAGCAACGUUGCCGCAUUGUAAAAUCAGCGGAGGGUUGUCAAAUCUCUCGUUUUCGUUUCGAGGCAUGGAAAGAAUCAGAGAAGCUAUGCACAGUGUGUUUUUGUUCUAUGCUAUCAAAGCGGGAAUGGAUAUGGGAAUUGUUAAUGCUGGUAACUUGCCUGUUUAUGAUGACAUCGACAAAGAUUUGCUGAAAUUAGCCGAAAAUGUGAUUUUGAAUAAAGAUCCAGAGGGAACUGAGAAGUUGCUGGAUUUUGCCAGGUUGUAUGGAAAAAGCGGAAAGAAAGACGAAGUUGCGGAUGUAUGGAGGUCGGAAACAGUGGAGCAUCGUUUGGAGUAUGCGCUUGUAAAAGGAAUUGACAAGUUCGUUACCGAGGACACUGAAGAAGCAAGACAGUGUAAUGAAAAGUACCCUAGACCUCUGAAUAUAAUUGAGGGUCCCCUCAUGAACGGAAUGAGCACGGUUGGAGAACUGUUUGGAGCUGGCAAAAUGUUUUUGCCCCAGGUCAUUAAAAGUGCGAGGGUCAUGAAGAAAGCAGUGGCUCAUUUGAUUCCAUUUAUGGAAGCGGAAAAAGAAGCGAGGCGUUUGGCAGGAGCUGUGGGCUCUGAAAAUGAAGCUUCAAAUGCGGGAACCUUUGUCAUUGCAACUGUGAAGGGAGACGUACAUGAUAUUGGUAAGAAUAUCGUAGCCGUUGUUCUUGGUUGUAAUAAUUACAACGUCAUUGACCUUGGCGUCAUGUGCUCGUGUGAAAAGAUUCUUCAGAGCGCAAUUGAAAAUAAAGCUGAUGUUGUGGGUCUCUCGGGUUUAAUCACGCCUUCGUUAGACGAAAUGAUUCACGUUGCUAAAGAAAUGGAAAGGAACGGAAUCAAAGUACCGCUGCUGAUCGGAGGAGCUACAACGUCAAAAAAACAUACGGCAGUUAAAAUUGACCCUGCGUAUUCACAGCCCGUUAUUCAUGUAUUGGAUGCCUCGAAAUCGGUCGUUGUUUGUUCAAGUCUGUUGAGUGAUAAACAACGAGAAGAUUUUGUAGAAGACAUUGUCGAGGAGUAUGAGGAAAUCCGAGAUGAAUAUUACGAGACCCUUCGCGACCGAAAAUACCUUACGAUAUCAGCGGCAAGAUCAAAAGCUCCCGCGAUUGACUGGGCAGCUGAGCCGCCAGUUUGCGCUCCCUCUUUUUUGGGCACGAGGGCGCUAAACGACAUUCCAGUAGAAACGGUGAUUCCGUACAUUGACUGGAAGCCUUUUUUCGAUAUCUGGCAGCUGCGUGGAAAAUAUCCAAACCGUCAUUACCCCAAAAUUUUUGACGAUAAAGAAGUUGGAGAAGAGGCGAAAAGGAUUUACAAAGACGGAAGAAAUAUGCUGAACAAGAUUGUUGCUAAAAACUGGCUCAAGCUAAGAGGAAUUGUCGGUUUCUAUCCUGCAAAUAAAAGCUCGAGCUGCGAAGACGAUAUAACGUUAUUUUCCAACGAAAGUAGAUCAGAAGAACUCUGCACAUUAUAUGGUUUGAGGCAGCAAGGCGAAAAACCAAGUGCCUCGGAUAAUUACUAUUGCCUCUCAGAUUUUGUCGCUCCCAAAGGACUGAAAGAUUACGUGGGUUUCAUGGCCGUAUCAGCAGGCGAGGGUGCCGAGGAAAUUUCAGAAAAUUUUAAAAACGACGGUGAUGACUACAGUUCAAUCAUGAUCAAAAUUAUUGCAGAUCGUCUUGCGGAAGCGUUCGCUGAGUACCUACAUGUUAGAGUGAGGAGAGAUUUCUGGGGAUACUCUCUGGAUGAAAACUUGGCAUGCGAAGAUUUGUUGAAGGUCAAGUACUCUGGAAUCAGACCAGCCCCUGGAUACCCGACACAACCGGACCACACAGAGAAAAUAACGAUGUGGAGGGUAAUGCAAGUUGAGGAAAAGACAGGAAUCACUUUGACGGAAUCCCUGGCUAUGAAUCCCGCAGCUUCUGUUUGCGCGCUCAUUUUGGCACACCCUCAAAGCGAGUAUUUUUCAGUUGGAAAAAUUGCCAAAGAUCAAACCGAGGAUUAUGCAGCGAGGAAAAACAUGAAAACAGAAGAGGUGGAGCGAUGGUUAAGGUCAAACUUGUCAUAUGAUUGCUAACAAGAAACGGGUUUAUUUUAUAAAUUUUUUGUAUCAAAUAUUCUAUUUCUUUCAAUUAAUACAUUCUGCUCUU